AUGAAGAGGGCAUUCUUAAGGAUAUUACUUUACUAAAGCAGUUUAUUUUUUAUAUAAAAUAAAGUGUUUUUUGCUGCAGUGGCACGAUUUGGAUUUUAGCAUGGGUCAAAGUCAGCAAAUACAGACACAGGAAGAAGAACUGGAGUUAAACAGCAUCCAGGACCUCUACAGGUCAUUCAUCAUGGAGUGCCCGAGUGGAUCUUUGUACCUGCAUGAGUUCAAGAGGAUGUUUGGAGUACAGAAUGGUACACCUGAAUCACAGUACAUGGACAGCAUCUUCAGAGCAUUUGACAUGAAUCAUGACAACACAAUGGAUUUUAUUGAGUAUGUGGCUGCACUUAAUCUUGUUCUGCGUGGAAAACUUGAAGAUAAGCUGCGGUGGUCUUUCAAGGUCUUUGACAGCGAUGACAACGGCUGUCUAGACAGACAUGAACUAUGGAAGAUUGUUAAGAUUAUCUACAAGAUAAAGAAAGGCUGUGUGUCUGAUGAAACAGGAACAGGGAACCUGACCGCGGAGCAGGUGUGCGAUCGCAUCUUUCAAGAGGUUGAUGUGAACAGUGACGGUCAGAUUACACUGGAAGAGUUUGUCCAGGGGGCUCAGAGGAGCCCGUGGCUGCAGAACUUCCUGCGACUUGAUGUUAAUCCCUGCGGAUGGGUUCAGAGGUACUUGUGUGACAGGAAACUCGUAAGCACCAAAGAUUCCUGAGGGCAUUCAAUAUAUUCAGACCCGCCUGCCAAAUGGAAAGGAACCUGAUUGUGAACUGAUGUGAGAAAACAGAAAUACUUCCACCAGCAUGUGUGUGAGAAGACUCCUCUUGCCUUCACUGUGGUACAAUGCAAAGCCAGCAUUGUGGUUUUAUACAUCAUCAUAAAAUAUAGGUCCCUAUUUCAUAUGCACCUUCAUUAAGUUGGAUGUUCUUGCAAGAAAGUUUUUAAAAGGUAAACAUUGAUAGUGCAGAGACAGAAGUAUACAGAGUUCCAAGUAUAGGUCAAGUAAGUAUAGGUCUGUAAUGACAUCAUCAGGUUAGUUACUUUCUGUGUCUACUCAGACUAAUGUGUACAUUUAAAAUAGCUGUGGUGCAGUGCCCCUUAAAAUUCCCAAGAUACUAAGCUAGUCAACAUACAAUAUGCAUAGGUAUUAACUAUGUAAUUCAUGGCUAUGCUAGAUUAUGUUCAUUAUAGUAUAGGCUUACACUUUGUUGUAUGAGAGGAUAAGUCUCUCCUUUGAAUUUGUUGAAUAUAAGCACAAAACAUACACAAUGUUUUUAAAUGCUGUUUGUAUUUAAAUGUUGCCUUUCUCAGCCUGAACACAUACCAGACAGUGAAUUGUGGAUGAUUAAAUUGUGUGUCUUUUAUUGCUGUAGGUUUAUGUUGGCACACUAUGGUGUUUGCUACGGGAUUUAUUUUACAUGGUAGCAUAGUUUUUUAAUUUACCUCUGAAUUUAUGCUUGCAUUGAAAUUUGGCACAAUGUCCUGUGUAAUAUGUUUAUAAUGUCACUGAUUAAUGUGGUACAGCAUUAAAUAUGUCAAUGUGAUUUA